GGAGAGAGAGAGAGCGAGAGAGAGAGAGAGAAAGAGAGAGUGAGAGAGAGAGAGAGAGAGAGAAACCCAGUGACGGUCGCUGCCCUCAGAACGACACCGCGUUUUCUCUCUGUGAAUCGACCUAAACACCUCUUCAAAGGGUUUUCAUGCGUUUGAGAAAACAAGGACAUUUUACAGGUUGGUGGAGGUAUGACAUUGACGAGGGGCUCCUUUACUUACUCGACUGGAGAAGAGUACAGUGGGGAAUGGAAAGAAGGGAAGAGACAUGGUGUAGGGCAGCUGAAGUUCUCUGAUGGUACCUGCUAUAAGGGUCACUUUGAGAACGGCCUGUUCCAUGGCUGUGGGGUGCUUAUGUUUCCUGAUGGAUCCAGAUAUGAGGGUGAAUUUGUCCAAGGAAAAUUCCAAGGAGUUGGAGUCUUCAGCAGGUUCGAUGGCAUGAAGUUUGAAGGGGAAUUCAAAAACGGUCGUGUGGAAGGAUAUGGGUUACUGACAUUUCCGGAUGGUUCCCAUGGUAUUCCACGGAAUGAGGGAGUUUUUUCCAACAACAAGCUGCUGAAAAGGGAAAAGAGCCAGGCGGUGGUGCAGCGGGCCAGGAGCUCGGCUUCUUCUGCCCGCGGCCUCUCUGUAUGACCAGCGGCCCUCAGUGAGGAAACCACCCCCCACCCCCACCCCCACAUAUACUGCUGCUCUCAGAUCAACCCCUAAACUCUACUUCUAACACAGUGGUAAAAGUUAAAGAGCAGACCCACUUCUGGAGCUGUAUGUAGAGGGGUUCCAUUGAUGUGUACGUUCCAGAAGACCCUCAGGAAUGGAUAACAGGGUUUCCCUUCCGUUCUCUCUCUUUAUCUCUCUGUCUCUGUUUCUCAGUGCUGCUCUGCCUUGGUUGCCUAUGGCUUAAAAAAAAAAAAAAAAACGCAAAUUUUUUUAUUGCUGCAUAAUUGAGAACCAUUUCAUCUUAGAUAUUGACAAACCAAAGUCACCAACAACAUGGGGCUACAGAGUGCUGGAAAUGAAGGUGUGUUUGUAAAACAAAUGAUUUGCCUUUGUGAGACAGUGAUUGUGCACUUUCUUUAUCACUUAUUUAAUACAUUUAUCAUCACUUAAGUUAUUUCAAUGUUAUUUUAAGCACUGUUUGCUUUGUGUGAUUCAUUUAAAGUAUAUCAAAAUAUUAUUUAUGAAUGUGUAUAUAAACCUCAUACAAACUACAUUUGAAAGCCAGUGUCAGUGAUAGAGAUAAUCAGAAACUUAUUAGUUGACGUAUUUUAAGAUUGUACAGAAUUAAGUGUUAUUAAUUGAAAUCGGGCAGUCUGGGCUUUGAGGAGUCCACAGAAGUCUUCUUUCUGACCGUGUAUUCACAUGAUAAUCACCAGUAUGUGUAUCAGAAUCUUUUGUAUUUAUGCACUUGCAGUGCAGUAUUUUCAUGAUACAUGUGAGGGCAGUUUUGUAAAUAAUGAAAUCGGAUUAUAACAGCAUGUACUUAGAAGUUACAAAGUGUUAGUGUAUCAUGUAAAUACAUUGCGGACACCUAAAAGUUGGAAUGAACAUACACAGACAAUUGCAAUCUAUCUGAUGAAUAACAUUUAAAAACAUACUAGUUGAUAUUCCAUACUACCCACUACUAACACCGUUCAUUUUCAGAGAUUUUGUUUGAUUGACUAACUGUAUUUACACUGUUUUUGCCAUGCACAGUAUCCAUGAGAGGAGCUUUACUCAUCACUUUAUCAAAUACUCUAACACCAAAAUGUGUAUUACCUUUGGUAUUUACUUGAACAGAAUGGGAAAAAAAAGAUUUUUUUCCCUUUUAGGAAAAAAAAAAAUGCAAUUUCAGAGAAUAAAAAGCUUUGAUGAGGUG